AUGUCUUCCCCCGCAGAGUCCGCAGGAUCAGGCCCUCUUCCCCGCUCCUCAUCAGAGCAAGAGCGCGUAGACGCGAAAGACAACAACGACCCGAAGACUCUCAGGCGCUCGAAAGCGAAGGCCCGGGACAAAUGCAUGGAAUUCACCGAGUGUCUUCAUCACGACGUCACCAUGGCCGGCAAACUUGAAUUGAAAUUCAGCUAUAAAAUAAGAAGCGUCUGUGGAGCCGCAGGUAAACCUCUCCACCUCGUGUCGCAGAUCAUGUACUUCAAAGGGGAGCCGGAGCCAAAGCCUGACCUAGUCUUCGAUCUGACCCCCGAUUCUGGACUAUUCGGGGCGUGGCGCAAAUUGGCGGAGGAUGGGGUAGACGGCGCUAUGUACUGGCAUACACAUAGUAUCCUCUUCAGAUACAUUAAUGCCUCAGAGACGGACUCCAACAACCAACUAGAACUCAUACGCUCCGACAUACCGGAUGGAAACACAUACCUUGCAACCGCGGAUUGGUCGAAACCUGAUGGUAUUAAGAUCAUCCCGGGGGACAAGCAUUUGGUAUUGUACCCAGGUUAUGGUAAAAUGGAUAUAGACAAGGUCAAAGAUGAGGACACAAACAUGGACGAAGAUGAGAACCUAGAUGAGGAACUAUGA